AUGGGCACACAUUAUUCUACUGACGGUUCGGACCCAAGACCGAUAUCUAAAAUACCAAGAACACCAAAGACAUCAAAGUGCUCUUUAACUUCCAUCACAGGGAGGAAUAACUUCUUUGAUUUAUUACAAACUCCAAAAAGUACAAGGUGUUCAAAGAAUAGCUUAUCCUCCUUAAACUCAACCAAAACAGACAAAUCUGCAAAUUCCAUUGAAAAGCAUUUUUAUUUGGAAGAGUCAAGAAGUGAAAGUAUUUUCAAUCAUCUCUUACAAUUUUCUUUCCCAAACGACCAAGGUACCACACCUAGUACGGAACUAGAAAAUGGAAGGGAUUCGAAGAGGCACCUAAGAAAAAGGUCUCAAGAUUUUACACAUCAAAGAGGAACUAUCUUUAGAAAGUCAAAUGGUAUUUGUCCAAAGACUUUAAACAUUUCAACCUCUGGGGCUGAUAUACCCAAAACAGUAAACUCAGUCUCGCCAUUAAAGAAAUCAAAGACAAGACCUUACCAUAGGAAGAGUAAUGCUAUUUCCUUAACGAGCCCUAUUGAAUUACAAAAUUUAAGUCAUCAACUAAACGAUGAUUUAAAAAUUUCUCCUCUACCAUCAGAUGAUUCCUUGUUUACAAUGGGGAAUAUUCAAUAUCUUGACAAUAAGAAUCCACAAGAGGUGGAAUCAUACACUCACAAGAUAUCACCAAGGGCAACAAUGGAAAAUACUACUGAACAAAUUAGAAGAAAUAGGAGAGGAAGAUUCGGAAGUCUUGAAGAGUUUGCCUAUGCAAACAAUAUUAAUCUUAAGGGUAGGAUUUUUGCUAAUACGUCAAACAAUGAGGAAAAUAGCUAUCCAGUGAUUGACUUAGAUGUAAAUUUCGAUAAGUGA